AUGGUGGUGGUCGCUGCGAGCUUAACGCAGGCGCCAAGCUCCCUGCGCGCGGGGGGGUCCUCGGCGUGGACAGCGCCCCUGGAUUACGUGCGGAGCGGAGCGAGCGAGGCAGGGAGACAGCCCGCGCCGCGACUCGAACCCCUGGACGCGCGGGACGAAGCGAGCGAGCCGGUUCCUGCGGGCCCGGCCGAAGCGUCCAGAGCCCCGCGCCGGGGGAUGGCAGCCGCGUCCCGGAGCGCCUCUGGCUGGGCGCUCUUGCUGCUGGCGGCUCUGUGGCCGCAGCGCGCGCCCGGCUCGGCCGUCUUCCAGCUGCAGCUGCUGGAGUUCGCCAACGAGCGCGGCGUGCUGGCCAGCGGGCGGCCGUGCGAGGCGGGCUGCCGGACCUUCUUUCGCGUGUGCCUCAAGCACUACCAGACCGUGGUGGCCCCGGGGUCCUGCACCUUCGGCAACACCUCCACGCCCGUGCUGGGCACCAACUCCUUCGCCGUGGGCGACGACAGCCUCGGCGGGGCGCGCAACCCGCUCCAGCUGCCCUUCAACUUCACCUGGCCGGGCACCUUCUCACUCAUCAUCGAGGCUUGGCACGCCCCGGGCGACAACCCGCAGCCAGAGGCCUCGCCACCAGCAGACACUCUCAUCAGCACGAUCUCCAUCCGGGACUCGCUCCCAGUGGGCCAGAACUGGCGGCCCGACGAGCGGACCAGCCCUUUCACAAGGCUGCGGUUCUCUUUCCGGGUCAUCUGCAGUGACAACUACUAUGGGGACAGCUGCUCCCGCCUGUGCAAGAAUCGCAAUGACCACUUCGGCCACUACGUGUGCCAACCAGAUGGCAGCCUAUCCUGCCUGCCCGGCUGGACCGGGGAGUACUGCGAUCAUCCUGUCUGUCUUUCUGGCUGUCAUGAACAGAACGGCUACUGCAGCAAGCCUGCCGAGUGCAUCUGCCGCCCAGGCUGGCAGGGUCGCCUCUGCGAUGAAUGUAUCCCCCACAAUGGCUGUCGCCAUGGCACCUGCAGCAUCCCUUGGGAAUGUAACUGUGAUGAGGGCUGGGGAGGCCUGUUCUGUGACCAAGAUCUCAACUACUGUACCCACCACUCCCCAUGCAAGAAUGGGGCAACAUGCUCCAACAGCGGGCAAAGAAGCUACACCUGCACCUGUCGCCCCGGGUACACAGGCAUGGACUGUGAACUGGAGCUCAGCAAGUGUGAUAGCAACCCCUGUCGCAAUGGAGGCAGCUGCAAGGACCAGGAAGACAGCUACCGCUGCCUGUGUCCCCCUGGCUACUAUGGCCUACACUGUGAACACAGCACCUUGAGCUGUGCUGACUCGCCUUGCUUCAAUGGGGGAUCUUGCCGCGAGAGCAAUCAGGAAGCCAGCUAUGUCUGUGAAUGCCCUCCCAACUUCACCGGCUCCAACUGUGAGAAGAAAGUGGACAGAUGUACCAGCAACCCAUGUGCCAAUGGGGGCCAAUGCCUGAUUCGAGGGCUGAACCAAAUGUGCCGAUGCCGUCCUGGAUUCACAGGCGCCCUCUGUGAGCAGCCCAUUGGCAACUGUGCCCGAAACCCCUGUGCCCAGGGAGGCACUUGCCAUGACCUGGAGAAUGGGCCAGUGUGUACCUGCCCUCCUGGUUUCUCUGGCCAGCGCUGCGAAGUCGAGGCCCGGAGCCUGAGUGGGGAUGCCUGUCUUUCGGGACCCUGCUUCAACGGGGCCACCUGCUAUCCUGGCCUCUCCCCAGACAACUUUGUCUGCAACUGCCCCUACGGCUUUGUGGGCAGCCGCUGCGAGUUCCCCAUGAGCCUGCCGUCCAGCUUCCCUUGGGUGGCGGUCUCCCUGGGCGUGGGGCUGGUGGUCGUGCUGGUGUUGCUCGGGAUGGUGGCCGUGGCAGUACGGCAGUUGCGGCUUCGACAGUUGGAUGACGGAAGCAGAGAGGCCAUGAACAACCUGUCGGACUUCCAGAAGGACAACCUGAUCCCCGCUGCCCAGCUCAAGAACACAAACCAGAAGAAGGAGCUGGAAGUGGACUGUGGUCUGGACAAGUCCAACUGUGGCAAACAGCAGAACCAUACUUUGGACUAUAAUCUGGCCCCAGGACCCCUGGGCCGUGGGACCAUGCUGGGAAAGUUCAGCCACAGUGAGAAGAGUUUAGGGGAGAAGGCACCACUGCGGUUACACAGUGAAAAGCCUGAGUGUCGGAUAUCAGCGAUAUGCUCCCCCAGGGAUUCCAUGUACCAGUCUGUGUGUUUGAUAUCAGAGGAGAGGAACGAGUGUGUCAUUGCUACGGAGGUAUAAGGCAAGAGUCUCCCCAGGACACCCCAGAAUUGCCCAGCACCUAGACCUUCCUUCUGCACUGUUUACAUUGCAUCCUGGAUGGGACUUCUCAAUAUGCAACGUGCUGCUCUUGGAAGGAAGAGGGAAGGGCAUGAACUGGAAAGACUGAACUUGCCAAGAGAUGCAGUGUCCUUCCACACCUCCGGGUCCGGCAUCAGAUUGGCAGCUGUGCCAGUCGGGGGAACAGACAGGAGCGAGAUGCCCCAAUGAUUCGACCUGGCCAGCAGUGGCCUUCACACAGCUCCUGGUGGGGGUGGCUCUGACCUGUUUUCCUGGGGGGAAGGCUAGUGGCCUCAGGGGGCCUGGAGCCGACUAUGGCCCCUACUGGCAUCUGUGUUUCUAAAAGUGCCUUUGGCCCAGGCUCUGUGGUGACAGCUGGGCUCAAAUCAGAGAAGAGAGAGGAGGCCAGUCAGGGCAGGGCCAUCUGUGGGCUUGGGAGCCCAAGAGAGGAUUUGGGCAGGAGGUGCCCUGCAGGUGAGGUGUGUGUCCCAAGGGGAGGAGAACUUAGGCCUGUGCCCACAACUACUGAACGAGGCAGUUGCAGUGGCUCUGCCCCCUUGCAGGGCCUGUGGGCAGACAGGUGAGUGCGCCUCUCCACUUCGGGCGCCCCAGGCCUACCCAGGGAGCUCAGGGCAGUUCUAGCUGAAAUUCCAGAGGUGGGGCGUGUGAGGGAUGUGUUGAGCAUACUCAGCAUACAGGCACGUGUCUCCCUCCGGCCUGCUCCUGAGGCCUCCGGCUGUCCAGACCACCUUUGAAGCGAUCU